UACUGUAAAGCACGAAGAAUUGUGAAAAAUAGGAACGAAUAAAGAUGAUGAAUGUAUUAAGCAGCGGAGGGAUACAGAUGAAAUCAGGUUAACGAGCAGACUGGAGUUAAUUGAAUGUCAUUUGGCGCUGCUCGGAGAAAGGCAUUAUACACAAGGCAUUGUGAAGAAGCAUCAAUAUGACGGGACGGGCAAGAGCGAGGUCAAGAGGCAGAGGUCGUGGUCAAGAGCCUGCUGCUCCUGGCGCUCAACCACUGGUAUCACAAGAGGCUGCGAAGCCUGUUGUGCCCACUCCACCUGAAGGACAGCUGGUGGGCAGAGGGAGACAGAAACCUGCACCUGGAGCGAUGUCGGAAGAAGCGAUGCUCCAGAUUUCUGCAGGCUUUCAGCAGGUGAAGAUAGGGGAGAGAGGUGGGCGCAGGCGGGAUUUCCAUGAUUCUGGUGUCCACACUCGCCAGCUCAUGGAACAUGUGAAAGAGUCCAAAACAGGUGUUUCAGGCACUGAUAUUGAGCUGAGGGCCAAUUUCAUGCGCCUGCUUUCACGGCCUCUGUGGGCUCUGUAUCAGUACCACGUGGACUAUAAGCCACCUAUGGAGUCCAGACGCCUGCGCUCGGCUUUGCUUUUCCAGCACGAGGAGACUCUGGGCAAAGCACACACCUUUGAUGGAGCAAUUCUCUUCCUCCCAAACAAACUGCACAAUACUGAGACGAUCCUGUGCAGUGAGACCAGAAAUGGAGAGAGGGUUGAGAUCACUGUCACACUGACCAAUGAACUCCCGCCAUCCUCUCCUGUAUGUCUGCAGUUUUACAACAUCCUCUUCAGGAGAAUCCUGAGGAUACUAAACAUGCAGCAGAUCGGACGCCAUUAUUACAAUCCUGAUGAUCCAUUCAACAUUCCCCAGCACAGGCUGACAAUUUGGCCUGGCUUUGUGACCACCAUCCUACAGUAUGAGUCGAGCAUCAUGCUGUGCACCGACGUGAGCCACAAGGUUCUGCGCAGCGAGACGGUCCUUGACUUCAUGUACAGUCUGAGGCAGCAGUGUGGAGACCAGCGCUUCUCUGAAGCCUGCACGAAGGAGCUUGUGGGCCUGAUCAUUCUGACCAAGUACAAUAACAAGACGUACAGGAUCGAUGACAUUGCCUGGGAUCAUACCCCUAACAACACAUUCAAAAAGGGAGAUACAGAGAUCUCGUUUAAGAACUACUUCAAAACGCAAUAUGGUCUGGACAUAACAGAUGGCAACCAGGCUCUUCUGGUUAGUCAUGUGAAGAGACUCGGACCCGCAGGACGGCCUCCACCAGGACCUGCCAUGCUCGUUCCAGAGUUCUGCUACCUCACUGGUUUGACUGACAAGAUGCGUGCUGAUUUCAACAUCAUGAAGGAUCUUGCCUCGCACACAAGGCUGAGUCCUGAACAGAGAGAGAGCAGAAUUAACCGCUUAAUCUCCAACAUCAACAGAAACGCAGACGUGCAGAAUGAACUUACUACUUGGGGUCUGAGCUUUGAGAACCGACUGCUGAGUCUGAAUGGAAGAGUUCUGCCCUCUGAGAGGAUCAUACAGGGAAGCAGAGCGUAUGAGUAUAACCCAUGGGCAGCUGACUGGUCUAAAGAGAUGAGAGGUCUCCCUCUGAUUAGCUGCAUGAAUCUGGACAACUGGCUGAUGUUCUACACACGUCGGAACGCAGACGUUGCCCAAUCUCUGCUUCAAACUCUCAACAGAGUGGCUGGGCCUAUGGGAAUCCGCAUGCAGAGGGCCAUCAUGAUUGAGUACGAGGAUCGUCAGGAAUCUCUCUUGAGAGCCCUCCAACAGAACGUAGCACGUGAAACACAGAUGGUGGUAGUGAUCCUGCCUACCAAUCGAAAGGACAAGUAUGACUGUGUGAAAAAGUACCUGUGUGUGGACUGCCCCACUCCUAGCCAGUGUGUGGUGUCUCGCACCAUCAGCAAACCUCAAGCGCUUAUGACUGUGGCCACCAAGAUUGCUUUGCAGAUGAACUGCAAAAUGGGAGGAGAGCUGUGGAGUGUAGAAAUCCCACUCAGGCAGCUGAUGAUCGUAGGCAUAGACUGUUACCAUGACACAGCUGCUGGGAAGAGGUCCAUCGGAGCACUGGUGGCCAGUCUGAACCAGGGCAUGUCCAGGUGGUUCUCCAAGUGCGUCUUGCAAAACCGUGGUCAGGAGAUCAUUGAUGCACUGAAAGGGUCGUUGCAAGCUGCUCUAAAGGCCUAUCUGAAGUACAACAAUUCCCUGCCUUCACGCAUCAUCGUGUACCGAGAUGGAGUUGGAGACGGCAUGCUGCAGAGCGUGGUGGACUACGAAGUUCCUCAGAUCAUGCAGUCCAUCAAGACCAUGGGGCAAGAUUACGAGCCCAAGCUGUCAGUUGUGGUGGUGAAAAAGCGCAUCAGCUCCAGAUUCUUCGCCCGGAUCGAUGGAAAAAUUGCCAACCCUCCUCCUGGAACAGUCAUCGACACUGAGGUCACUCGUCCAGAGUGGUAUGAUUUCUUCAUAGUAAGUCAGGCUGUGCGCUUUGGUUGCGUCUCACCUACUCACUACAAUGUGGUGUUUGACAACAGCGGCCUCAAACCAGAUCACAUGCAGAGACUCACCUACAAACUCUGCCACAUGUACUACAACUGGCAGGGGAUUGUCCGAGUGCCUGCACCAUGUCAGUAUGCCCACAAACUGGCCUUCCUGGUUGGUCAGAGCAUUCACAAGGAGCCCAACAUGAACCUGGAUGACUUCUUAUACUACCUGUAACCUGCUUAAGUGAUAAGAUGGAGGGUCUGAAAUAAUAAAGGGGCCAUUUUUAUUAGUUUCUUUUCCAAGUUUAUUCAGUUGAGUGAGAAAGUAUACUGUCAGAACAUUUGUUCAUAUACCUACAUAUAAUGUCUUGAGAGAGAGAAGCAGGUACAAAAUUUGUUGUGUUUGUAGAGGCAAAUGCUUAUGGUCCAACUUUUUUUUUGAAUAUUCACUUCAAUUGUUCUGAUGCCCUGUGAAGAGGAAGUCCCUGUUUUCUUUUAUGUGAAGGGAUGGUUGAAAAUGCAGAUUUCUUGGGUUGUGUGUUUAGAGGCUCUGAUAAUUUAAUUGCACUUUGAUUUUCUGGUUUCCGAUAUAAAAGAUUAGUUAUGUUUUGAAUGUCUUCAGUGUUCAUGUGCUGCAUACAUUCAUGUUUCACACAAUUACGUGAUAGUGAUUGUAGAUUAAAAAUAUGAAGGAAAUUUUCCAUGUGAAUCAGAAGUAUUGGAAAGUGCUAAAGAUGUGUUGAGUCUUGUUGCAGUGCACUGAUAUAAAAAGAAUAAAGCUCAAGUUCACAUGG